AUGUCUCAAUCUUCAUCAUCAAGUCUUGUUUCAGUCAAUCCACCAUCAACAGUACCUUACAUCAAAUGUAAUUUCUUGGAUAAAGAUACCGACCUUAAUGAAAAACCUGUAUGGAACAAUGACAUUGCUUUAUUACUAUCAUAUUGGUUACAACAACGAGCUAAUCAUGAUGAUAUUUUUGGAAGUUUUCGUUCUGCCAAUGCACAUACCGAUAGUCUUGGUGAAGUGGAUGUUAUUUCCGAUGCUGAGCAUAUAAAAAAAUUACUUAAAGUUCCAUUUAAUAAACAUAGUCAGAUAUCUAUGAUUGUACAUCGUCUAGGACGAACGAUACUUCUCGAUGAAUUUGAUGUUCAUUCACAUUUAUUACGUCUUGAAAAGAAUGAAUGGACAUGGUUUCGGGAUUUUUUUCUUGAUACAAUUUUACGAAAUAUUUCAGUUAAACAUUUUUAUAAAAAAAAUAAAACACGUGAUGAACUUAUAAGAAAAGAUCGUUUGGUUAAAUUUUUAUGUCAAAGUGUUGAAUUACCACAAUUAACACGUUCAAAUUUAAAUAAUAAUGAAUCUCAAUCAACAGCAACAGCAGCAGCACUUCUUGAACAAAUCAAAGAACUUGUUAAUGCAAGUAAUAAUCUUGAAGAUGAUAAUGAAAAAGAAACAAAUACAAAUUUUACUUCAUCACCAUUUCAACGUACUGUAAAUUGGACAUUUGAAAAUAUGAAAAUGUUAAUUGGAUCAGAUCUACCAAUUUUUGGUGAUGAACAACAUCCAGCUGUUAGUCUUCGUUUAAGAGAUAUGAAUAAACCAAUAAAUGUUCUAACUGGUAUUGAUUGUUGGCUUGAUAAUUUAAUGUGUAAUGUACCGGAAUUAGCCAUGUGUUAUCAUGUUGAUGGUAUUGUUCAAUCAUAUGAAAUAAUGAAAACAGAAGAUAUACCUUAUCGUGAAGGUUGUCAAUUUCCUCCAAGUGUUAUUCGUGAUUUAGCAACAAAUCUUCUUUCAUUUCUUAAAUCAAAUGCAACGAAAGAAGGACAUACAUAUUGGUUAUUUAAAGGUCCCGAUGAUGAUAUUGUUAAAUUAUAUGAUCUAACAAGUUUAUGUGAAACAGAUCGUGAUGAUAAUCCAUAUACAUUACCAGUUGCAAGUUUACUUUAUAAAAUGGCACAUAAUAUCGUAUUAAAAUCUGAUCUUGAAACACGUUCAAAAGAAUCGGGUACAAUACGUACAUUACUUAAACAUUGUUUAGAUAUGCUUGAUCCAGAAAAAUUUCCUGAAUAUCAUUGUGCUGCUGCAUAUAUGAUGUCGGAUCUUUAUAUUGAUGAUAAUAUCAAUGAACAAAGUUGGAUGUUUAAUGGAAAUGAAACAUCUGAAUCAGAUUUAUUAAACGAUGAUUUCAUAUUUGAAGGAGAAAAAGACUCCGUUACAUGUGCUUGUGUUGAUAUUAAAACAUUAGUACAAUCACAACAACAUCGUUUUCGUAAAAGUUUAGAUGUACCACGAUUUGGUCCUAUUCAUGGAAAUCUUGAUGGACGUGCUAGAGAAGCAUUGAAAUAUUUAGUUGCGGCACUGCGUAGUAAUGCAAUUCAUCGUCGUUUACAAGCAGCUACAUCAAAUUCUGAUGAACAAGAACAAACAUUAGAUGAGACAAUUAAUAAAUCAAAAGUGAUUAUACCAUUACCAUAUCAAACUACUCGACAUUGUACAAAAUUUUUAAUUGAUAAUCAAAAUCAUUUAACUGGUGAUCGACGUUUAAAAGCAAUUAUAUUACAUAAAGCAGCAUCAGCUUAUUUUGCACUUGUUCAUCGAUAUGAACAGGAAAGAAAUUAUGGUUCUUGUUUACGUUAUCUUCGUUUAGCACUUAAUUGUCAUAGUGCUGAAUUAAAACUUCAAUCGAUUGAUCAAAAUAAUAAUACUAAUACUAAUAUUGAAUGUAAAAAAUUAUUAUCCUAUAUUAUGAGUGCAGCUGGUGAUUGUCGUUUAAUGAUAUCACAUGUAAUAUCAACAGAAGAAAUUGAAAAAUUUCGUGAACAAUAUCAUGUUAUGAAUGAAAUUGAUUAUGAAAUACAAAAUGUUAUUGAUGAAGUUGGAAUAGAUGAAAAUUAUUCCGAAUUUUCUUGGGUGUUUGAAUUAACACCAGUUAUUGAACGUAAUCUAUUUGCUAGUGCACAUGCAUAUGAAUAUGCACUUAAUAUUAUUCGAAAUGUUGAAAAUCAAGAAAAUCAACGUUGGUUUUUAUUAACAAAACGUUUAGGUAACGCAAGAAAUGAAAUGGGUGUCUAUUGGAUGAAUCAAUGUGCUCAAGCAAUAAAAAAUUUCGAUCAAGAAACGACGAAAGAAAUCAAAGAUUAUUUUCGAAAAAGUUUCGAAUAUUUUGAUGGUGGUAUUCAAGCAUUUGAAAAAAUUCAUGAUGUAUCAAAUAUAGCAUUAUUAAAUUCUAAUCUGGGACGUUUAAUGAGAUAUUAUGCACAAUUUUAUGCUCCAAUUCGAAAUGGUAUUCGAGAAGAAUUUUCUCAACAAGAACGACAAAGUUAUCAUAAAGCAUUUGAUUAUUAUCUUCGAGGAUUAAAAUUAGUUGAAAAUCGUUCCGAUUUCUUUGAAGUUUAUCGAACAUUAUCAUGGGAAUUAUCGAAUAGUUAUUUUGCAAUGGCAACAUCACUUCAAGAUCAUGCACCAUUAAGUACAAUGACCCAAGAAGAUGUUGAAAAAGAAGUUAUUGAAUGUAUGACACGUGCAUUAAAAUAUCUUGAUGUUGAACUGAAUUAUUCAUCGUCCGAUCGUUCUCCUCUAGCAAAAUAUCGAGCUGGUACUAUUCAUCAUCGAUUAGCAUCGUUAUUACACAAUGCUUUUCGUACUGAAGAAAAUAAAACUCGUCGAAAACAUUUACGUUCAUUAGCUUCAUUACAUUAUGAAAAAGCUUUGAAAUUAUUUUCACCACAUGAUAAUCCACUUGAAUAUUUACGUCUUUUAGUUGAAGAAGUUGCUUUAGCUGAUUUUGAACUUCAAAAUGCAAAUGAAAAUUCAUCACGUUUAAAAUAUUCUCAACAAGGUUUACGUGCAUCAUUUCAUUGUCAAGAAACAAUUGGUAUUAUUAAUCAACAUCGAACAAGUUCCGACCCGGAUGAUUAUAAUGAUAUGUUUGCACAAGAAGCCCAACGUCUUUUAGCAAUAUUAAAUGGACGUAUACAAGCAUUUCUUAAAGAAAUUGUUAAAAUAUUAAAACUUACAAGUAGUAAAAAAUUAAUCUAUGAAGAUUAUAAAGAAAUGUAUAGUAUAUCAUUACGAUUAAAUGAUACAGCACCAACAUUUCCAAAAGAUUUAUAUGAUGCAAUUGAACGUUUAAAAAAGAUUUAUGAAAAAAAUACCAGUGACUAA